AUGUCGAGCAAUCGAAGUUUCCUUGCCUUCCCAUCAGAGCUGCGGUCGCAGAUCUAUCGCGAUUACUUCCAUGUCGACGGUGGAUACGUUUACGACGCGAAGUCCGACAAGCUCAAGACGAGUGACGAUCAGCCGAUUGACCUCGCCCUCAUCUUCACGUGCCGUACCAUCGCCAACGAAACUAAGCAUCUCCCCUUAUCCCUCAAUUCGGUCACCUUCUUGACUCUGUAUCGCGAGGAUUGGCGAAGUCUAGCUGGCUGCUUUAACGUUGUUGCUACGUACUAUCAACACUUGGAGUUGGACUUUGCCCUUCAUGUAGCUGAGUUUAUGACACCAGACAUGCAAUCGCAGCUCGCAUCGAAGUAUCCCGAUUUUGCGCGAGAGUUUGCAACCGCGUCGGCCAACCAUCGAGAGCACUAUCCCAUUCGUCACGAUAACGACACCAACGACCAGGUGGCAGGCGGGGAGGCCUCUUCGCAGGGAUCUGACCCUGGAUUCGAGAAUGCAGAAUCGCAACCCGUCUACGAGUCGAGAGGAGCACAUUGUGUGCAUAUUAGACACAUUCUUAAGAAUUGGGUCAAUCCAAACGAAUCGUACGCUGGGUUCGCCAGGAUCCAUCAGAGAUACCGCCCAGGUCAUCCUUCGAAGAUUUGCUCUGCAACCUCCUGUGAGAUCAAAGAUCCUCUGUCGUACUGUUUGCAACUUAUGGCAGAGCAAAGGCCUGUCGAGUUUGCUAAUCACAUUCGCUUAACCUUUCCGCAAUGGACUGCAGCAGAUCCAGUACAGCAGUUCUUGGAUCUGCGAUACGAUGACUGGGCUAUCCCAUCUGAGAGCCAAUUGAAGCGUGUGAUCAGACUCUUAGGGCUUGGUGACAUCUGGAGACGCCCGGCUAUGUGGCAUGCCAAGCCAAGAGACGAUGCCGAUUAUAUCGACGACCUUGACAGUGACGAAGAGCAGGACGAUGCUGACAAUGACGAAGAAAUCACUACAUCUCCUGGCCAUGAUUCUGACAGUCUUGUACGUGCUCCUCAGGGUAUCCGUUGUCGAGAAAAAAUACGAUUUUCAGCCGCCGCGAGUGCAAUUAGGUUUCUCAAGCGGAUUCCUAAUCAUCGAACUUUGAUGAAGAAGAUCGUAUUGCACGAAGACUUCAAAUCUGUGAAAAACCCCGAGACUCAUGCUCAAGGCCUAGUCCCUUUCCUCCAAGAGAAUUCAUCACUGCAGAUUGUGCGUCGCGUCAGUAUGCUAGAUUGCAUUUUUGGAAUCGGAGAAGCCCCUGCCGCCGUAUCAACCUACCUACACCGCGGUCGGGAAAGGCAACAGAAGCUACACAAAAGAUUGUUCUGUUUACGAAUCCUCCCAUGGCUCAAAGAGGCGAUCGCUAUGGAAGAACGGCAAAUCCCAGCCGAAUCAUUCACGCUAGUCUUAGAGGCGGGAGGAAACCAGGACUACUGUACGGAUUUGUUCCAGCGCAUACUUCAUCGAGAUGUUGCCUGGUGCCGUGCGCAGGAGAUAUUGGUGGCGCGUGGCACACUUUCUCUUUCGCCUUCACACAUCUACCACGAUAGGAUAUGCGUUCAAGACUUGGAAGCCAUUGAUCGACUGGUCAACCAUACUUCGACGAUCUUGACCACUGACUUCAACACUGGGGUUGCAUGGGAUGUCCAGGCUCUAAUUCAGCAAAUCCAGCAUCUCAACGGGCCUCAAUGGACCAUCACAUGGAUCAUGGACGAUGGAGCCGGUUAUGAAAGAAUGGUUCUUAACCAGACGUACAGGGACAGAGUGGCUGAGGUUUUCGAGAUCCAGACUGAUGAUGGCCAUCUCGUAGCCAGUUCGGAUACGACUUAG